AUGUCAGUAUCGGAAUCGGAUAGUUUAGGGCGGGUCAGGACCUGCGAGAACUGUGUUCGAGCUAAAAUUAGGUGCUCGCGAGCGCCUCCUGCCCAAAGUUGCGAUCGGUGUCUACGUUUGCAUAAAGAUUGUUAUUUCCGUCCAACAAAGGCUCGUAAUCCCAGGAAGCGGGCAACUCGAAUAGGCGUGCUUGAAGACAAGGUGGAUCAAAUUCUGGGUCAAAUAAAUCAUGGACCUCUUCCGAGCCCGCAAAAGACGUCGCCGUCUCCACAAAGCCAGAGCUCCGACCCGAAUAGUAGUCUACAUCCGUGCGAUGUGAUCGGGAAGGGAUUAAUCACCCACGAUGAAGCAAAUCGCCUGCUAGACAGAUUUCACGAUACAACGCCCUAUUUUCCUUAUGUGCAGUUUCCAAGAGAAACCACAAGCCAGGAUCUCAGAUCGGAGAAACCGUUCCUUCUGCUUUCUAUCCUAUUAGUAUCCUCGUUUCAGGAUGUCCCACUCCAUCUGGCCCUCGAGGAAGUUUCCGCCGCUUACCUUGGGGGUCCGGUUUUACGGGGAGAGCACCCACUGCCUCUCGAUUUAUUACAAGGGCUGCUGGUAACGAUAGCCGGAACCAAGAAAAAGCUUCAUCUAAUGCGAUUUUCUGUGUACCUGCACCUGGCGAAUAGUAUAAUUAAGGAUUUUCGAAUGGAUCAACCGACUAAAUUGCGAGCGCUAAGAGAAAGAAUCGAUGUCAUGGAAUGUGCAGAACCACCAGCGAAAUCGAUUUCUACGCAAAACCAAGAAAUGAGAGCGUUAAUUGGAUAUUAUUUCCUCGAUUCCACUCACACCGUCAUAAGCCAGCGAACCGGUACAAUGCCUUGGUCGCAGUUCAUAGAGUCCUGUGCCGAAAAAUUGUCGCAAGCAUGCGAAUUCCCCGCCGAUCGAUAUUUGUUAGGCCAGGUUCGGCUUCAACAUAUGCUUGAGCGAAUUGAUUCACUCGUCAGGCGAGGGUUCAGUGAAAGCCAAGCCAGGCCUGCAGAUAUAGAAGCCAUAGUCCGUUCUCUUCAAAGCGAUGCGCAAGAGUGCAAAGCUCGUCUUCCUGUUGACCGUGACUGUAAGUUGACCCUUCAAUGUAUCAUUAUCAUUUCCACGGGAAAUCUGAAUCCUAACACUCGAGCAGUGACCACCGGCAUACAGUCACACACAUUCGAGAUCCAUCUCCACCAAACCGUCGUUUUCGACGUAUUCCCAGCAUCAACCAUAUCCAUUGAUCAAUCCGCAGCCCUACUACGAGUUGAUGCACUUUGCCACGGUCUCGCAGCCGCAAAGCAAUGUAUAGACGACUAUUACGAACUACCAGUCGGCAUUGAGAAGAAAUUCAGUUACUCCCAAUGGACAAGUAUUGGAUUCUGCGUCGCAGCUUCAUGCAAACUAGUCCUAGCAUCAUUGGAGCCAUCCGUUCGACAUCACGAUCAAGUCAAAGGAUUGCGAGAAGCAUUGGACAUGCCUGGCGAAGUUCAAAGGCUUUCUCAACGCAUGAACACAAUUGAUCAAGAAUGUAAAGGGGAAAAAUGGGAUCAGCAUGAAAUUUUCUUUUAUCGUGAUUGGUUGCAGCAUCUUAGUGAGUGGUUUGAGGCGCAGUAUCGACUGGCGCACUCGGAUAGUGCUGGGGAGAACAAUGGGGUUGCGUUUGCAGGUGGGAUUUCUGAUAAUACUGGUAAUAUUUAUGAUUCGGAAGAGACUGAUGCUAGUGCUGGAUUUCCUUGGUUGAAUCUUCAAGAUGUUACCAUUGAGGAGAUGUUGAAUGCUUGGCUUGGGCCGGCGGCGAUGUACUAA